GCUCGCGUGUGAUGUGUUUGUGUAUUCUCAGUGUUUUUCUCUCUUGAGUGUUUUAUUGAGUGUAAAUAGAGUCUUGUCUCUGUGUAUUUUAGUGUUGAUGAUGAUAGAUGAGAUGUGCUGUAAAUCAGGAACUGAUCAGGGCUUACAGGAUGAGGAAUCUACUGAUCAAACCUCCACAGAGUCUCUGGAUUCUGUCUGGAACGCUGGAGAACAGCAGCAGAUCCUGCAGACCAAACUCAACAUGUGUUCAGUCAAACUCAUCGACUUCAGGAACCUCAUGAUGAAGAUAAAAACUGAACCUACAGAAAUAAAAACUGAGCUAACAGAAAUAAAAACUGAACCCACAGAAGUAAAAGCUGAACCUAUAGAAGUUGAUGGUCAUGGUUUGAUUUCGCCAGAUGUGAAGAGUGAAUUAUGUUUGGAUGGAGAAAUGACUUCCUUGACUCUUUCCUGCAUCACCGGUGGAGAGACAUUGAGCUCACAGAGACAUUUAGAGAGAAAACACAAAGAACAUAAACAUAAUCUGAAGAAACACACCAGUGAGAGACCGUAUCAGUGCCGUGAAUGUGGAAAAACCUUCAAGAAUUCAUGGUUAUUAAAAUCACACCAGAAUAUUCACUCUGAAGAGAAACCCUUUCAAUGUUCACACUGUAAUAAACAUUUCCGUCAGAAAUCUCAUUUGAUAGUCCAUGAGAGACUUCACACUGGAGAGAAACCUUACCACUGCUCUCACUGUGGUAAGAGCUUCUCUGAUCCAUCUCAAUUCAGUGUUCAUCAGAGACUUCAUACUGGAGAGAAACCAUACCACUGUAGUGUUUGUGGGAAGAGUUUUAAUAAACGUCACCAUUUUGUUUCACACCAGAGAACUCAUACAGGUGAAAAACCUUACAAAUGCUCUCACUGUGAGAAGACGUUUGCUCAUUCAUCUAACUUUAAAUCUCAUCAGAGAGUUCAUACUGGAGAGAAACCUUACCAAUGCUCUCAUUGUGAGAAGACGUUUACGGAGUCACGUUCCGUAAAAGUUCAUGAAAGGCUUCACACUGGAAAGAAACCUUACCACUGCUCUCACUGUGGUAAGAGCUUCUCUGAUCCAUCUCAAUUCAGUGUCCAUCAGAGACUUCACACUGGAGAGAAACCUUACCACUGCUCUCACUGUGGUAAGAGGUUCUCUGAUCCAUCUCAAUUCAGAGUCCAUCAGAGAAUUCACACUGGAGAGAAACCUAUCAGUGUACUAUUUGCAGGAAGAGUAUUAAUCAAAAGUCAAACUUUGUAAAGCACCAAAGAAUAAUUCAUAAAGGAGAAAGACCUUACAAAUGAAGCUUUUCCAAUGCAUAGUACCCCACGGUUUGGUUUUGGUCAGCUCACCUCACUUUGACUUGGUUAGCUUUUCCAUCGAGUUUAGUGACAAUUUGGAGUGGGAGGGGUUAUAGGCGUUUCGUUAUAUUUAUGCUGCCUACUGCUGUGACAUCAUACAAUUGUGAGCGUCGUUGUACAUUCCCAUGCAUUCAUUUAUUUCUCAGUUCACCACAAAAUAAAAAUUGACCAGCACAAAUAGAUGUUUGCACAUCGUGUUUAUCACUACCUCUGUCUCACUUUCUGUACAAACACCCUUGGUGUCAGUCGAUGCACUCCGCUGAGCCUCAUUUAAGUUGCAUUUAAGCAUUUAUGCGGAUGUGCGCGUCAUGAAUGUGCCGCCACAAACUGCAAGUCUGGAAAAAAACUGUUAUGGUGUUACUGAUUGUCAACCUGUGGAUGUUUUUCAUCACUAAAUGGAGUUUGGGAACUUAUAGUAAAGCACAGAUGACAACAUGUUUACUCGAAAAAGUGCAAGCUAGCACUAAGGUAAAGCUAAUCUUGCAUUAUAGUGAUGACGAUGUU